CGCUGUCGUUUUACUUUUCCCUCGCCGGCGUCGUCGUCUUCUCGAAGAAGGGCACAUUCAACACGUUUCUCAAAACGCUGUCGUUCCUCCGUUGGCAACGUUCGGUCGUCUUCUUCUCGAAGAGGCCACGUCACCAUUAACACUUUAUCAAAACAAUCAGUCAAUAAACUCGUUCUUCGUCCCUUUCUUCAAUCAUUCUUUCGUACAAGUUUUACAUUUAUAUCUCCGUCAAACAUCUUAUCUUAUUCAUUAAUAACACAAAAAACAUCAUCUCCUGUUAAUCAAUUCCUGUUCGUUUCCAUAUUCAAUUCCUAUGUUCACUUUCAACUCAAAAUUUACGUGAUUUGAUAUCUUCGUUGUUAGGGGUAUUCACGGUUCGGUUUUAAUCCGUUCAAACCGGUCAUCGGUUUGGUUUCACGGCCGGUUUUUUUACUUUUAACUUUCACAAAAUUAGGACAAUUAGAGCUUCAAUUUAAUCAAUGGAUAACAAUGGAGUUGAAGAUAAGAAAUCCAGUGGAUUCAGAACCAGUUUUUCUGGAUUUACUAAACUAGACAUCCCAAAGGUAAAAUUCCAACGGCUGGAGCGCGAGAAGGAUGAGUCCUCCUCGCGCGUCAAUAACGGUAACAGUAACAGUAUCAAUAACAGUUUGUUUCGAAGAAGUGUUCGUAGGGUUUUAGGUAGGGAAAUCGAUUACGGGUUGCUUAAAAACAUGGCUAGAGAAUGGAUCAAGAAUCCAAUGAACAUGGUUCUUUUGUUAUGGAUUGUUUGUGUUGCUAUCUCGGGCGCGAUUCUGUUCCUUGUAAUGACGGGUAUGUUAAACCACGCGCUUCCCAAGAAAUCGCAAAGAAACGCGUGGUUUGAAGUUAACAACCAGAUUCUCAACGCGUUGUUUACGCUCAUGUGUUUGUACCAACACCCGCACCGGCUUUAUCAUCUAGUGUUGCUUUUGAGAUGGAGAUCCGAAGACGUUACGAAGUUGAGGAAGGUAUAUUGCAAGAACGCGAGUUCCAAGCCGCAUGAAUGGGCACACAUGAUGGUUGUUGUGUUCUUGUUGAAUCUUAAUUGUUUUGCGCAAUAUGCGCUAUGUGGUUUAAACGUUGGGUACAAGCGAUCAGAAAGACCAGCAAUUGGAGUGGCGCUGACUGUCACUGUGGCAAUCGGCGCCCCUGCAAUUGCUGGUGUCUACAGUGUCAUUAGUCCUCUUGGGAAGGACUACGACACUGGUUCUGACGAAGAAUCCCAACUAAGGAAAGAUGAUGCCGAGAGUAGUACCGGAUCAACCCGGAAAAUAUUGGGACCAUCUGAGCGUAGAUUCUCGUUUGCGUUAAAAGAGGACUCAAGAACAAUCGUAAGUAGUCCAAAAUGGAGUGGAGGUGUAUUUGAUUUUUGGGAGGAUAUCUCAUUAGCAUAUCUAUCAUUGUUUUGUAGUUGUUGCGUAUUCGGAUGGAAUAUGGAGAGGCUCGGUUUUGGAAACAUGUAUGUGCAUAUCGCGACGUUUCUGUUAUUCUGUUUGGCGCCGUUUUGGAUAUUUAAUUUGGCCGCUAUAAAUAUCGACAAUGAGACAGUGAGGGAGAUCUUGGGGAUCACAGGGAUGUUUCUUUGUUUAUUUGGUUUGCUUUACGGCGGAUUUUGGAGGAUUCAAAUGCGAAAAAGGUUUAAUUUGCCACCAUCAGAUUUCUGUUUUGGUAAACCUGCGGUUACUGAUUGUGCAUUGUGGCUAUGCUGCUGUUGGUGUUCGCUCGCUCAAGAAGUCCGGACGGGAAACGCGUAUGAUAUCGUGGAAGAUGGGUUUUAUAACAAAAACGAGAGCGAAUCCGGUGGAAUGACGAUAUCGCCUUUACCUCGAGAAAGAGAUCAACCAAGUGCCUUAUCAAGCCCGAGUUUAAGCAGGUAUAUGAAGGAUUAUCAGAACGCGAACGGGCAUUUAUCAAUGGCGGAAGAAGAUUCUUCAAAUGGUAAUGAUGCAGCCCUUGAACCACCGGUUCCAUCACGUAUACGACGAGACGAAAGUUAAGAUAUUUAAGAUUUUUUUAAUUAUUUUUGUCUUCAUGAUUUAUGCUUUGAAAUUAUUGUGUUUUUUGUGCAUACAUAUAUGCUUAGAGUGAUUUUGUGUAUAAAUUAUUACUUUGUUUUAUUCAAAUUUUAUUGCAUUAUAAA